UUUGCCUGCAAAAUCAAGGUAUAUCUUCGAUAUUUUUAUAGUACUUUUUUCUAAUUUGCUCCAGUUAGAGACUCGAUCAAACACGUCCAAAAGGGUAAUUUUUGGAGUUCAUUAAACCGAUCAAAAUAACUGGUGUAAUCCAGACAUUAUUAUCAUCACCGACUAUUGUGAGCUUCCUGGAAAUCAGACAAUUUUUUUGUGUUUCAUUCUUGGAAUUCCUCUUAAAUGUCCAAUGUAACUGUGGUUUCUCCACUGUGAGGGGGCUAUACUUGCAGGCAUUAAAGAUGAAAACUCAAGUAAGAAUCCGAAGCCAGCAGGGCGUUCUGCAGGAUGUAACAGAGCAAGAAAUUGAAGAGAUUGAAGAAAUUAUUUUUCAUGAGAAUAAUCCUCCUCGGGAGGAAAUAUAUGUGGCCGUUGGAAAAGACUCGGCUGAGAGCAUCAGUGCUCUCAAAUGGGCGCUGCAAAACUUGGAUAAUAGACAAGAAACCCUAAUAAUUCUUCUGCAUGUCCGCCUUCCACUACGCUACAUGCCAUCACCCAUAGGCAAAAUUCCUCUGAAUCAAGUAAGCGAGGAUGUCGUGAAAGCCCACCUCAAGGUUAAAGAGAAGGAGCUCGAGACUUUCAUGAAAAAAUACUUGGAUAUUUGCAAAGGAGCCCAGGUCAAAGCAGAGCUUUUGUUUGUGGAGAAGAACGAUGUUGCCAAAGGAAUUGUUGAAGUGAUCUCAGAGAAGGGCGUCAAGAAGCUUGUCAUGGGAACAAGUUCAGCCGGUGGGGCUGUAUCUAGGCGGAUGAUGAUGCCAAGGCGAGGCAAAGCGGAUUAUGUCCGAAAGCAAGCUGUGGAGUCCUGUGACGUCGCAAUUGUGUGCAAAGACAAACUCGUGUUACGAACGCAAGGCUCUCCAGUAGAUGAUGCAGUAGCGAAGAAAUCAAAAAGCUUCGACUGGCUUUUGUCUGAUUUGCUGUGUAAACGGUCGGAAGCGUCUACAAUUCAUCUUCCUCAAGAAAAUUACAACAGAUCGGUUUCAUUGCCGCCAAACUUGGGUCAGGAUCUGCACAUCUGCAAUCAGACUCCAUCCGAAGAAGGGAAUGAUUCAGAGAGAACGUUCACGAUCGAUGAGGAUUCCUUUGAUUCCGAAUCGGAAGAUAGUUCAGAAACCCUUUUUGAUCAAGUCUACUCUCAAGGUACUGUCGAGCAUGAAUCGCUGGGACAUCAGGAUGACAAUACGGAUAUUGAAACUUUAAAAGAGCAGCUCAUAAAGGCCUUGAGAAUGGCUGAGAACGCGGAAGCAGUAUCACGAAAGGACACAGCCAAGCGAAAAAAACCAGAAAUCGCUGCGGUUAAAGAGAAUUGCAGAAUUAAAGAGCUUGAAUCCGGCUUCAAAGAAACAGUAAAAGAGAACGAAAAGGUGACGUCUCUCUUAAGGCUUGCCGAAGAGAAAUGCCAAGAAUUUAGCAGACGACAAAGCGAGGUCGAAGAAAAUUCUGAGUCAAUGGCUGAUAAGAUAAACAAAAUCUCAUGUGAGAGAAACGAAGCCAUCCAUGAGCUCCAAGCAACACAGCGAAAGCUUGCAGCGACAGUAGAGCAAAAUCAGCGCAUACUGCAAGAGAAAGACGCUCAAAUUCGACUUCUUCAAGACCGCUUGCAUUCAAGGCCAUUGCUCGAAACCCUGAGCCCGUUCUCCUCGUUUAAUAAUCUUGAAUUCAGCGAGUACACCUUUGACGAUGUCAAAGCAGCGACAUCCAACUUAUCUGAGCAUUUAAAACUCGGGGAAGGAGGCUAUGGCAUCGUUUACAAAGGUAAAAUAGGGCAAACAACCGUUGCAGCCAAAAUUCUGAGGGAGAACAGUUUACAGGGCCAGCAGGAGUUCGAACGCGAGAUCGAUAUUUUAAGAGAAGUACGUCAUCCACAUUUAGUCAGGGUUGUGGGGGCCUGUUUCGAGCGAGGUUGUAUAAUCUAUGAGUAUAUGUCCAACGGAUGCCUGGCAGAUCAUCUGAGCUCCAGAAAAGCCCGUCGGCCGCUCCCUUGGCAAGCCAGAAUUCGCAUCGCCGCCGAAAUGUGCUCUGCGUUACAAUAUCUGCACAGUUUUAAGCCAGAUCCCAUCGUCCACCGCGAUCUUAAACCCGGAAAUAUACUCCUUGACGAGAAUUAUACAAGCAAAAUAAGCGACUUCGGAUUGGCUCGUCCUCUGCCGCAAGAUUUACGCACAGAAUCGGAGCCUAAAGGCACAUUUUGUUACAUGGAUCCAGAAUACCUGACAAGCGGCAAAUAUUCUACCAAAUCCGAUGUUUACACCCUGGGAAUCAUCAUUCUUCAGCUGCUAACCGGGAAACCGCCUCUGCGAGUGGUACAAGAGGUAGAAAAUGCUCUAGAAUGUGCGAAAUUGGAGCAGAUUUUGGAUCCUUCAGCCGGUGAUUGGCCAUUUGCAGAGGCCACUCAACUGGCUUAUAUUGCCUUGCAUUGCACAUGUCCGGUAAGAGAGGAGAGACCUGAUCUUCAACCGACUGUGAUGAAAAUGUUGGAUCAGCUUCGGAACAACGCCAUCCCCGCAACCAACGGCGGCGGGCUCGCUAAACGCGGUCAAAAGGCGGUGCAAGCGGCUAAGGAAAUACAUUUUCCUGGUUUCUUCCACUGUCCAAUAUUGAAGGCAAGGAUGGUUUUUGACUUAUUAGCCGAUGAAAUUAUGCUUGUUUUUGACACAUUCAACUGAAGCAAUCCAUCGAAAGCGUAUACAUUUGAAAAAUCUGCGUUUUUUAUAUUUAACUAAACAGUUUUUCUGAAUCGCAGGUGGUUAACGUUGCUGCAGACGGAUUUACAUACGAAAAGGAAGCAAUUAAACGAUUGUUCGAUUCCGGGAAAGACACAUCACCCAUGAUAAACAAGAAACUCCUGCAGAAGAAUUUGAUCCCCAACUUGUCCCUGAGGUCAGCCAUCCGACAGUGGCUAGAUAGAGGCGAUCUCUGUUAAAUCCGGAAUAUCAAGCCAUAUGGUUUCCACUGUGAAUAGCGGCCAUAGAUUCAAACGUAGUUUUAUUCUGUUCGAAUGUAAUAAUGCCACUGUAAAUACUGUUGUAGAUGUUGAAAAUAAUUACUUUUAUAGAUUUAAUGCAUGACAAAUUAAUAAUAAUAUUUAAAAUCGUUAUGUUAA